AUGUCACAGCAUACGGAUGAAACGAUUAUUAUGAUUCAUGAUCACUUAAAGUGUAUCAAGAUACGAAAAUUAGAAUUUACAUUUAACGACCUUUUCAAUUCUUCAACAGGAAUAUCUCAAAAUGUGAUCAAUUGGCUGUUACAUUUCCAACAAAUGUCUAAGCCGAUUGAUCCGACACCCUUGGGAGCGGCUACCAAGUUCUUGCAAUUAUAUAUUAUUACUUUUGAUUAUUACUUUUAA